AGGUAACUAAUAAUUUCCAAAACAGAAGGUCUCCCUUACAUUGGGUACAUUUACUGUUUUAAUAGAUGUAAAAAAAAAACAUGUAAUAGGUCCAACAUUACUCACAAAGUAAUAAUGCCAAAUAGUCUUGCUGUUGCAAUACUUCUCUUAAUAUAUUUCUAAACUAAUUAUAUGUGCCUGGGGUUAGCAUUACAGUUUGCUUUCAUACGCAUGUCUUUUAUUAAGUAAAUCAGUGGAAUGACAAAAUAUUUCUGCAUUUUAGGAAUACUUUACAUGGCAAAGUGGAAUAACACUGAAUUUAAGGAAUUUAUUCUAUUAGGACUAACAGACAAUCCCAAACUUGAGAUUAUUCUCUUUGUGCUGUUUUUUAUUUUCUACAUUGUCACUCUUUUUGGUAAUAUUGGCAUCAUUGUAGCAGUCAGACUUGAUUCUCGACUCCACAGCCCUAUGUAUUUUUUUCUUAAUAAUUUAUCAUUUCUAGACCUUUGCUAUGCCACAAUUAUAACCCCUAAAACAUUGGUCAAUUUUCUGUCAACAUCAAAAACCAUUGGUUAUUAUGAGUGUGCUGUACAGAUGUAUUUUUUUGCUGCAUCUGUCACCACUGAAUGCUUCUUAUUGGGUGUCAUGGCUUAUGAUCGCUAUGCAGCAAUAUGUAAUCCACUCCUGUAUUCCACUAUAAUGGCAAAGAGAAAAUGCAUGCAGCUUGUAGCUGGAGCUUACACUCUGGGCUACCUCAAUGCAACACUGCAUACAAUUUGUACUUUUCAGUUGCCAUUUUGUAAGACCAACAAGAUUGACCACUUCUUUUGUGAUGUUCCUCCUCUCUUAAAACUAUCAUGCACCAAGACCACCAUGAAUGAAAUCCUGAUGUUCAUAUUUGGAGGCUUUGCUGAGUCAAGCUCACUCACUACCAUUAUUGUCUCCUACAGCUAUAUUAUAUCGACUAUACUUAGUAUCCGCUCAAAGGAGGGAAGGAAGAAGGCAUUUUCAACAUGUGCCUCCCACUUAUUGGCAGUUACCAUAUUUUACAGCACCAUCCUUUUUAUGUACUUAAGACCUUCCUCUAAAUACACCAUGAGCCAGGACAGAGUUGCUUCUGUUUUUUACAGUGUCAUUAUUCCCAUGUUAAACCCACUUAUCUAUAGUUUAAGGAAUAAUGAAGUAGCGCAGGCUUUAAAGAAGAUUAAAACAAAAUAUUGUUGUAAAUAAUGUCAUCAUAACUAAUUAAAAAAGUUACUGUCAUAUAUUUUAUUGUACAGUAUAAACAGUAUAGUGUGUUAUAAUACAAUGUUAUUAAUUUGUAAUU